AGUGCCAAACGUAGUCGCUCUUUACUGUAUUUUUUGCCUGUCAUUACCAAGCCAAGAACGUCUCACCCGGAUGUUACGUUAUGAUUAUGGGUUAGUCAUUUCCGAUGGAUGAGUUCCGGAGUCUCAUGGAAGCGUUCGCUCAUAUAUUUUCGUAAAAGCUCAAAAUCAUUCUCCUGCACACCUCCUGCCCCAUCAGACAUAACUCAAUGUCCACUUGCAAAUCAUCUGGGCAGGAGGGUGGUGUUUGCAGUAACAGAGGUGAAGCAGAUGAUCUGGAGCUAACAGAGCUGGGACCACUAUUGGAAAUACAGCAAGAGAGAAUGAGACGGUCAUCCAUAUGUGAAGAUGACAGCCAUUCAGGAAAAGUGUCCCAGGAGGAGGAGGAGGAGGAAGUUAGGGUUUUGACUUUGCCUCUUCAAGCACACCAUGCCAUGGAGAAAAUGGAAGAGUUUGUGUAUAAGGUAUGGGAAGGACGAUGGAGAGUAAUUCCAUAUGAUGUGCUUCCUGAUUGGCUAAAGGAUAAUGAUUAUCUUCUGCAUGGACACCGCCCACCAAUGCCAUCAUUUAAAGCCUGCUUCAGAAGUAUUUUUCGAAUACACACUGAGACUGGAAACAUAUGGACUCACUUGCUAGGUUUUGUGCUGUUCCUCUUCCUGGGAGUUCUAACCAUGCUGAGACCCAACAUGUACUUCAUGGCUCCUCUACAGGAGAAGGUUGUAUUUGGCAUGUUCUUUCUUGGCGCUGUCCUAUGUCUCAGCUUUUCCUGGCUUUUCCACACUGUGUAUUGUCACUCAGAGAAAGUAUCCCGUACUUUUUCAAAACUGGAUUACUCAGGGAUUGCUCUGCUGAUCAUGGGAAGCUUUGUGCCCUGGCUUUAUUAUUCUUUUUACUGCUCCCCACAACCACGCCUCAUCUAUCUGUCCAUAGUCUGUGUUCUGGGCAUCACUGCCAUUGUUGUAGCACAAUGGGACCGUUUUGCCACACCAAAGCACAGACCAACACGUGCAGGUGUUUUCUUGGGACUUGGCUUGAGUGGUAUUGUUCCUACCCUUCAUUUCACAAUUGCAGAGGGCUUUGUAAAGGCAACUACAGUGGGUCAGAUGGGCUGGUUCUUUCUUAUGGCCAUGAUGUAUAUAACAGGAGCUGGACUGUAUGCAGCACGUAUACCUGAACGAUUCUUUCCUGGAAAGUUUGAUAUCUGGUUCCAGUCUCACCAAAUCUUCCAUGUUUUGGUUGUGGCCGCAGCUUUUAUCCAUUUCUAUGGAGUCUCAAAUCUUCAAGAAUUCCGUUAUGGCCUAGAAGGUGGUUGUACUGAUGAUUCCCUCCUGUGAAAAUACUCAAGAUCCUGGUCUUACUACUCCCAUUUGGUUACUUACAAGGCAUUGCUUUAAAGGUGGACAAGCCUGAAAUACAACCAGUGUAACUGAACAGUGUGCCGUGCUGACCUCAUAGUGAUGGUCACUAUUACCUAUUUUUGAUAAAACAACUAUCAGAAAUAUUGAAGAUAUAAGAGUUGAUAUAUUUUUGAGAAUUACUGAAACACCCUCUUCAGAACCAUGACAUGUAUUCUUGCUCUAUAUCAACUUCUCUACUAGACAGUCCUGCACAAUAGUGUUUAACAUCAACACUUGGGUUAUACCAGGAUACUUAAACUAAUAUAAAAUAUCCAAUGUAACAGGGUUGAGUACCAGUCAUGCUACAUAGAUGUAUGUGCACAGCAACAUCAUAUUAAUAAGUCUAGAUUUUUCUCACAUUAUAUCUUUCUGGUAAGUAAAUAUCACUUUAGUUUUUGUUUUUUAUUCAUAUUACUGUGGUCAGGGAAAAUUAGCUUUAGGGUAUGAUUUUGAAAGUGGAUAACACUUUUUGGAUACCUCAAUUAAAGUGUACAUACACAAA